GUGUCAACCCGGAGGACACGUACAACGAAACGCCCUACGAGAAGGGGUACUGCUUCGUGAGCUACCUGGCCCAUCUGGUGGGGGACCAGAGCAAGUUCGAUGCUUUCCUCCAGGCCUACGUGAACCGGUUCAAGUUCCAGAGCAUCACGGCGGACGACACCCUCGGUUUCUUCCUGGAGUAUUUCCCAGAGCUGAAGGAGAAGGGCGUGGACUCCAUCCCAGGCUUCGAGUUCGACCGCUGGCUGAACGUGCCGGGCUGGCCGCCCUUCCUGCCCGACCUGUCCCCGGGGCAGCAGCUGAUGCAGCCAGCAGAUGAGCUGGCAGAGCUCUGGGCAGCUGAUGGCCUGAACGUGGAGGCAAUCGAAGCUGUGGACAUCACGGCCUGGAGGACGUACCAGCUGGUCUACUUCUUGGAUCAGGUCCUGCAGAAAUCCCCUCUGCCAGGAGGCAACGUGGAGAGGAUGAGCAAGAUGUACCCCAAGAUCUCCAAGGCCCAGAAUGCUGAGCUGCGACUGCGCUGGUGCCAGAUAGUCCUGAAGAACAACCUCGAGGCUGAGUACAGCAAGGUCAAGGACUUCCUUCAGUGCCAGGGGAAGCAGAAGUACACUCUGCCCCUCUACCGGGCCAUGUGGGGCGGGUCAGAGUCAGCUCGGGCCCUGGCCAUGGAGACCUUCUCUGCUACAGCCCCCCAGCUCCACGUCAACGUCCGCAACUACGUCAGGAAGAUCCUGGGCUUGGAGGUGCUGGAGGACUAG